AUGCUGGCUGUCAUCGUGCAUGUCCUGAGCGAUGCCGACGGCGGGCUGGGCGGAGGGGACCGAGAGAGGUUUAUGGCAGCGUGCGGCUCUCUCAGCAUAGCCGGGGCCGAGAGGUACGCGGAGCAGUCGUCCUGCCGCAAGCUGGAUGCCCUCGUGCAGAACGCUUCCUGCGGCGCCAAGAGGCUGCUGCGCGAGCUGCUGGCGCUCGACCCCGCAAGCAGGCCAAGCGCCCAGCAGGCCCUUCAGCGCGCCGAGUCGCCGUGGCAGCUUCUGCUGGAGCCUGCGCUGGAGAGGGCCAUGUCCGCGACCAAUUCCACCAGUUUCGAGGCGCCGGACGAGGAUCUGCUCGACCCGUCGAGGCGUGCCGAGUUUCUCGGUCCGCUGCGCAACUGCUUCAAGGAAGAGCUCGACGCUUGCAUCGGGGGGUCGCGUUGA